UUUUUUUAAUUUCCUAAUAUGUUCUUUGCUUUAUUAGUUUUAUUUACAACCAGCUCCCCAUUAACACCUCACCUGAUUACUGAGGAGCUGAGACAACUAAUCAAGAAAAUCCAGCAAACCAGCCAAAAUUGAGAGGGAUCCUCUGCUAGAAACAAGGAACAACCUCCAUCUACUGGCUAGAUCAUUGCGUUUCUUCUCCAUCCAAAACCCAUCCCUCAUCACUCAUUAAGGACGGUACAAUUUUGGAAGAAUCUUCUAAGCUCUCAAGGAAGCCCUCGGUGCUUGGCAAAGAGACGCUUCUAUUGCAACCUCCCUCCCUGCGCUGUGCGCCUCGCUGUAAACAUUUUGGAUGAUCUAAAGACUCUGGGGUCUGUAUAUGGAAAUAGUGGGGUGCAGAGCAGAAGAAAAUACUUGUCCUUUCCGUCCCCCAGCCAUGCUUUUCCACGGGAUCUCUGGAGGCCAUAUCCAAGGAAUCAUGGAGGAGAUGGAGAGGCGAUCCAAGACCGAGUCCCGCCUGGCCAAAGGGGGACAGAUGAACGGCCGAGAAACGAACAUGCCCCCCAUGAGCCCCGAGAAGCCUGCUUUGUGUGCUGGUUGUGGAGGGAAGAUCUCAGACAGAUAUUACCUGCUGGCUGUUGACAAACAAUGGCACCUCAGGUGUCUUAAGUGCUGUGAAUGUAAACUGGCUUUGGAGUCAGAACUCACCUGCUUUGCCAAGGACGGCAGUAUUUACUGCAAGGAGGAUUACUACAGAAGGUUCUCCGUGCAGAGAUGUGCCCGCUGCCACCUUGGGAUCUCAGCCUCUGAAAUGGUCAUGAGAGCCAGGGAGUCGGUUUAUCACCUGAGCUGCUUCACCUGCACCACCUGCAACAAGACUCUGACCACAGGCGAUCACUUCGGCAUGAAGGACAACCUGGUUUACUGCAGGGCCCACUUCGAGUCCCUUUUGCAAGGAGAAUAUCCCCCUCAGCUGAGCUACACCGAGCUGGCUGCCAAGAGCGGAGGGCUGGCCCUGCCUUACUUCAACGGCACCGGCACGGUCCAGAAGGGGAGGCCCAGGAAAAGAAAGAGCCCUGCCUUGGGAGUGGACAUCGUCAGCUACAACUCAGGUUGUAACGAGAAUGAGGCAGAUCAUCUGGACAGAGACCAGCAGCCUUAUCCCCCAUCCCAGAAAACAAAACGCAUGCGCACCUCCUUCAAACACCACCAGCUUCGUACCAUGAAGUCCUACUUUGCUAUCAACCACAACCCAGAUGCCAAGGACCUCAAGCAGCUUGCCCAGAAAACGGGCCUGACCAAGAGAGUUCUGCAGGUUUGGUUUCAAAACGCAAGAGCCAAAUUCAGAAGGAACCUUUUGCGGCAGGAGAAUGGGGGUGUCGAUAAAGCUGAUGGCACCUCACUACCGGCACCGCCCUCAGCAGACAGCGGCGCACUCACUCCACCCGGCACUGCGACCACUUUAACAGACCUGACCAAUCCCACUAUCACUGUAGUGACAUCAGUGACCUCUAACUUGGACAGCCACGAAUCCGGGAGCCCCUCACAAACUACCUUAACGAACCUUUUCUAACAUUUCAAUUUUGUGUUUGCUUUUUUUUUUUUAAUUCCUACUCUUCUUCUUUAUUAUUAUUAUAAUAAUUAUUAUUUUUAUUAUUUUCAAGCCUUUUUUAAAAAAAUAACAAACCCACAAAAUAUUUGGGAAAAUAAACAGUUUGAUGUGUAGCAUCUGCAGCCACUUGGCAAAUGAGUUUGAAGUAAUAUGUUGCUAUAAUAAAUGAACAUUUAUUGUUGAUAAAUUGUGCACAAAUUUUUAAAAGUAAUCAUUCAGUUUUCAAAUAACUGAAGAGAAGGUUAUAAAUCAUUCUAAUAAGUGCCUCUUAAAAUUGUAUGUUACUUAUUUCCAGAACCUUGAAAAAAAUGAUUACCACCAUAAAAGAAAAAUAAAAGGUUCUUUUCCCUCUUUGAUAACUAGAAAAAAUCAGCUUAAUUAUAGCCAAAAAAUGUUUCAGAACUGUAUAUUUAUUUACAGCAUUUAAGAACCCCAAAUUUAAUUUUAUUUUUAUAAUGCAUCUAAAAGAUUUGUAUGAUUUUUUUUUUUUAAUGUUGAAAAAUAAAUACAAAAUGAAUCAAACUGAUCACUGAAAUAGUCAGACUGGAAGUGCCAGUGCUUUUUUCUAAUGCAUUAGUCACAAACCUGAUCCAUCCUCCCUAAGCACUGGGGAUUCUCACUGGGAUAGCUAAACACUCCUCUGUCCUCUGCUGGGACAUCCUUGGCCACCACUGAAAGCUGUGCUUGGAUGGAGGGCUUGGAGAGAGAGAGACCCAGUGAUGAGAGUGCGAAUGGGUGAGGAUGGCAGGAUCAAGUUGUUGGUCUCCAAAUUUGUGUCCUGCACUUUCAGGAGGCAACAUCCGGAAAGCACUCUCCAGAAUGAGCUCACUCCUAUAAGGAUAUUAUCAAAGUUAUAGCAGCAGAAUAACAACUCAAGUGAGGAGUCCUGUUGAUCUGAAGUAUCACAUAAGGAGGGUUUUUCAUUUUUGUCUGUCAAGCAGCUUGGAUUUGGAAUAAAAAAAAAUAAAUGCAGUUUGCUACGUGGCCUUGUUGCCGUACCACUAAAUCUGUCCAGCUACUUCUAGUAAGCACAAAAGUAAUUUCCAGGAAGACGUAUGAGUACUGCUAAAACGAGUCUUUGAGAAAUCAUACUUUUCUUUCAGGGAAAAUGGAAAUAAGUGAAAUAUAAUUUGUUAAGAUGUUUAAGGAAAAUUAUUUCAGUACAAUUUAUUCAUUACUAUUUUGAAUUUAUUUUAGAUGUUUCCGGAGAUUGUAUCAGACACUUUGUUUAACACAUGAAAUCAAAAUCUUUAUUUCAUUAAUAUCUCUAACAUAUACUUUAACUUUUUAAACUUUGUAUAAAGGAAAAAUUGUUAGCAAAAAUUCUUAAAAAAACAGGAAUUGGCAGUGAAUAAUUUUAAAGCAGAUAAACUCAGAAGCCUUGUGGAUGCUGAUCUGAAUACAUUCUUAGUUUACAAUAGUGAUCUUUCUUUUUUUAAUUUUAUUUAAGCUAAAAGUCUGAAUGGUCUGGGCAGUGGUGAAUGUUCAUUUGUAUCCUUUUAUUGUAGUUGAACACCAAUUAGAUUGUGGAGAGUCUCAGAAACAAAACUGAACAAAAACCAGUCAAGAUCUAUGUCUUGCUUUUAGUGGAUUGUUAAGAAUAACUUUGCACAUAUACCCCACUUUUUAGACACCAUCAAAUCUCUUUUUUGGUGGUCAAAGUGGCUAUUUAAUAUAUUUUAAAGGUGUCCUUUUUGGCUGUAUAAAUGUGUGGUUACAUAUUGACAGUUCACUGCCCACAUUAAAGUGCAUUAUUGUAAUUUUUGCUCAGGGUUUUUAGAAAAUUAGCACAGAAAAGUAGCUUAUUUUUAAAAAAAGAUGAUGGAAGAGAUGUUAACACUGUAAUAGAAGAAAGGUGUGUUUGCCAUUAUAUAUUUAGCAAGUAUGGUUAUCAUCUUCUAUGGAUAUUAAAUCUUGACUUUUCCUAUUUCUAUUACCUUAUGGGCAUUUACCACUAACCAGACCAAACGACCUUGGUAAGGCUGAGAUCUUUAUUAAUACACUUUUACAGGUAAAAAUAUUGAUACUUAUAAAAUUUGUUCUUUGACAGAACAAUAUAUGGUACUAGAGAUCUACUUUAUUAAGUAGACUAAUUAAAACUCAGUUCUACUAUGUGCCUUAUGAUAUACCUUGGGAGUAAGUUUGUGGAAAAUCAGGAUAUAUGUGUUGUUUGUUAAAUUAACUGUUUUAAGCCCUUUUGACACCUCACUAGUUUUGUACUGUUUUACCUCUUAUUUCUGAAACUCUUUUUAUGGUGUAUCCUGUUAGAGGGGACAAACAUGUCAUAGAAAGCAGUUGUGCACUCUUUCAGAUAUAGUUGAUAAAUCCAAUAAUCUUAUAUAUUGAGCUUCGUGUUUAUAGUACAGUAAGUGGUCUAGCAAAAUUGUCCAUGUUUCUUUGUUUAUUGAAAAAUGCAUUGUAUAGAAACUAUUUCCCCUAAAUAUUUAUGGACCAAACAAUUGUGAUAUAUCCUAUUAAAUUUGUGUGAAUAAACCAUUUUGAAUCUAAAGAGUUUUAUUUCCCAUCAGUUUCUUUUUUUUUUUUUCCUAAUUUAAAGUCUACAUGUACCAGUGCGUCUGUCUGCUUUUACAGUACCUGUGAACAAUUGAUACUAAACACGGAAACACGACCUUUUAAAUAUUUUCAAAUACAGUUCCUUCUUAGGUUUUCAGUUUCUUCAUAUUCAGUGUAUAUGCUACUGCUGGUGCAAUUUAGAUUUUAGUGUUUUAACCCCCUUUUUUGAACAUGCAAAGUAAUGCCCCACUGAUUUGAUAUCGAAACCCUGCCUUAGACUUCUGAAAAAGCCUGAAAACUAGCAGCUCAAGUAAUUGCAUGACAAAUAUAACCUAAAUAAUAUGAUGAAAUGAAUCAAGAUUUAAUGCUAGGUAUAUUAAACACGAAAUAGAAUUGCAGACCCCGAAAAGCCAGGUUGCUCUGUAGUUUAAUAAAUUGUCACUAU